GGCGGGAGAGUCAGUGCGCGGCGAGGCGCGCCAGCUGCCGCACGUCAUGAUUCUACCCCAGGUGAGCGACGAUGUACCCAGAUACUACCACUACCAUCCCGUCGUUAACAGGACGACCGCCGAGAAUCAGUAAUCUGACAGACGGGGAAGAAGAAGAUCUGCCUGAAGACGCUUUCUCGCUGCUGUCGGUGCUCCUAGUUGGAUUCCUUCUUGUGAUCCUGAUAUUCUUCUCCGUCGCCGGCAACGUCCUGGUGUGCGUGGCGAUCUACACCGACCGCGGGUUGCGGAGGAUCGGCAACCUCUUUCUGGCCUCUCUGGCCGUGGCCGACCUCUUCGUCGGUGGGCUGGUGAUGACCUUUGCCGGAGUCAACGAUCUCCUCGGCUACUGGAUCUUCGGACUGUGGUUCUGCGACAUCUGGAUCGCCUUCGAUGUUAUGUGCAGCACUGCCUCUAUCUUGAAUCUAUGCGCCAUAUCGCUCGAUCGUUACAUACACAUCAAGGAUCCUCUCAGGUACGGCCGUUGGGUAACCAGGAGAGUUGCCAUUGGCGGUAUCGUUGUUGUAUGGCUCCUAGCAGGACUUAUAUCCUUCGUACCGAUCAGUCUAGAUCUUCACAGAAAUGAAGAUACACCGAAGAGUUAUAACGAUGCAGUGGAGGAGCACCCUACGUGUGCCCUAGACAUUACACCCACUUAUGCGGUGGUGUCCUCUUGCAUAUCUUUCUACGUGCCCUGCAUCGUGAUGCUGGGUAUUUAUUGCAGGCUCUAUUGCUACGCGCAGAAACACGUGAAGAGCAUCCGAGCGGUGACGAAGCUGCCGGACACGUCGAUGGCCAAGAGUUUUCGUUCGAAGAGCAGUCGCUGCAAACCACCGAAGCCGCAGACGAAGACGAAGCCGACUAGUCCUUACCACGUGUCCGACCACAAGGCCGCAAUCACUGUCGGCGUAAUCAUGGGCGUAUUCCUGGUGUGCUGGGUGCCCUUCUUCUGCGUCAACAUUGUCGCAGCCUAUUGCAAGACCUGCAUAUCUGUCCGAGCGUUUCAGGUUCUCACGUGGCUCGGCUACAGUAACUCGGCCUUCAACCCGAUAAUCUACAGCAUCUUCAACACUGAGUUCCGGGAGGCGUUCAAGAGGAUCCUCACGAAGGGAGCGCGCGCGCGAGGCAACCAGCCGUCGACCAGCGAGUGCGGGGAGUUCCGUUCCGUGGUGGUCCAGAAGCGCAACGGAUCCAUGAUCGAAUGCAACAUCAGUCCAAGAUCGAGCGCGGACAGUUGCCAGGUCGGCGUCAUGGCUCAACGACAUCGCGACACUAUUGUCAGCGCUAUUUAAAUCGCGUCUCAACAACUCUCGAUCAUCUUAAACGAUCUCUUACCCGGAUCUCACUCGCCGCUUUGCCAACGGAGUCGUCACGGAGUCGUUUUACCCUUUCUCAUUCAGCCGAUCUUGUCGAGGAAUCCGCGGCACUAGGAUCUCUAGAGAACAUCGACAUCGUCUGACGGAAAGUAUAUACGACGUGCGAAUUUACACACACAUGCUACGUCCAAGAUAUUUUUUUCAUCGUAUCGAUACUCUGUACAGUAAGAAAAUUUGUGUUUUCUUGUUAAAAACGGUCCCCGUUAAAAUUUUUGUG